CUCUUCAUUUGUCGGGGUUGCCAUGGUGAUGGGGAAGGCUUUCCUCAGCGGCCCAUAAUUUCCAGAGAGCCUGUCUGGAUUUGACAUGUCCUUUUCAGCCGGGCAUUGUUUAGAUGCUGAUUUACGCGUGUUUGUUGCACUUUACCACCACCUCCUCCACACCUCCAGCAGGGGCGGCCAACUUUUAAAGGAUUAAUGCAUCCGACCCCAGUGAUUAUUUUCCCAACCAGCGCGUCUCUCUUCCCUCCCAGUAGGCGUUCCUACUACAUAGAGGAGUCCAAUCACAGGCCAGCCCUUCACCCCAUCCCUCUGUGGUCAGCCUGUUAAGGACUUUUGUGUUCAGCUUUUUUUUUUUCUUUUCACAGUUUUUUUUUUUCUGCUACCCCUCAUUGAGCCACUUGAGCCUGGAGCAGAUGGAAAGAUUGUAGUAGGGGGGAAAGUAAGCAAGCAGGCAGAGAGAGUGGAGACUGGAAGAAGCCAUGCAGAGACUGAGGCAGCCCAGCGACAAUGCUUGAUGAACUGAACCACUGACCUCUACAAAGUCUUUCUUCAGCUUUAACUGAGCCCCAGAGAGACCAAGGAAUCAGACAGGAAAGACAUCAACUCAUCGUCCCAGCUGACGGGCAGAAUCAGGCCCAGGACGUGGAGAGCAAGGAGCAGAAAGAGUUAGAGACGAGGAAGGGAGUUCUACAGAUGAGAGCUAACGCAGAGGGACAGAGGGAGAUGCUCAGAGGGAUCAGAUAGUGAGAACAAAAGUGAAGCGAGUAACAGGAUUGUUACAGGUGCGUACGCGAAGACUCCUCAAAGAAAGGGCGACACACCGGAGUCACCCGAGCAAGUGUUACAAGUGAAACAGGGAGUGAAAGAGCGAGAGCAGCCAGACGUACAGGGACAGAGCUAGAUAAGGAUGGCCAACUCAGGUCUCCAGUUGUUGGGUUAUUUCCUGGCGUUGGGCGGUUGGAUCGGCAUCAUCUCGACCACCGCCUUGCCGCAGUGGAAGCAGUCGUCAUACGCCGGCGACGCUAUCAUCACGGCCGUUGGUCUGUACGAGGGGCUGUGGAUGAGCUGCGCCUCGCAGAGUACGGGACAGGUGCAGUGCAAGAUCUUUGACUCCAUGCUCUCGCUGGACAUCCACAUCCAGACAUGCCGGGCCCUCAUGGUAGUGUCAGUACUGCUGGGCUUCAUCGGCAUCAUCGUCAGUGUGGUGGGCAUGAAGUGCACUAAGGUGGGAGAUAACAACCCAUCCACCAAAACCCGCAUCGCUGUGACCGGAGGAGCUCUCUUCCUGCUCGCAGGUCUAUGUACAUUGGUGUCUGUGUCCUGGUAUGCCACUCAGGUGUCCUAUCAGUUCUUCAACCCAAAUACACCGCCCAACGCCAGGUAUGAGUUCGGCUCGGCUCUGUUUGUGGGCUGGGCGGCAGCCAGUCUGACGGUCCUGGGCGGCUCCUUGCUGUGCUGCUCCUGCUCUAAAGACGACAUGCGAGGGCAGCAAUAUUAUCGCCAAUCACAGCCUUCCACAGCCAGGGAGGCAGAGUUGUUGAGUGAAACUAGUUUCCCUGACUGAUCAGCCCCUGCCUCUUUAUCGAGGACUGUCCGACUGUCCAAGCACUGUCUUCCCCCUUUUUUUCCUGUUACCUCUUAGACCCUCAAUUUGGACCUCUUGUAGUAGUAUCCCCCUCCCCUCAAUACUACAUGUGCACCUUAUCAGUUUGAAUGGGAACCAAGACGCAUUGACUUCUCCCAUUCCUCACCCCCACCUUCUGAGCCUUUUCUGUAAAUAUGGACUCUUAAAGGAUAUGUGAUGAAGGAUACCUUCUCUUAAAGAAAGGAGGUGGCCUCCAUUUCAGUCUCUCAGCUCACUACUACACCCCCUCUGUCCCAUUAUUGGCCAAGAGUUAACAAUGAGUUGAAAGUCCUUGUGUUUCCGUUGCGCUGAUUUAUGAUUUCAGUUAUAUCCUAUGACCUCUGGGUUGUUGUAAGUGUAUCUUUUGGGUUUAUUUUGUUUGCUGUGACUGUACUUUGACUGAAACGUGUCUUUUUUUCCCUUUUGAAUUGCAGACCAAAUGUUAAAAGUACCCCACCAGAGAAAAGGGAGCAGUACUUGUAGUUUGGGAGAGUCUUCUGGCCAAACCAUGGUUUAGAUUCUGUCAACAGACAAAAACCCCUCUCAUUGAGGAAUUCAAAACAGACAAACAGAUGCCAUUAAAGAAAAAAAAAAAAGUAGAACAGCAACCUUUCACGCAUAUUGCCGCAACAUGAAUUAGAUUCUUUGUGAAGUCAAAAUGUAAUGUUUUGGGGAGGUUUUAUGAGGGGGAUUGACAAAGAUAAUAUCCUUGUCUUGUCUGUUUUGUUGACUUUGGGAGAGACAGUCAUUCAGGGUAUGUUUCUAUAACAUGUUAAAAUGCCCGGGUGUAUAUACCACCUACCCUUUUUUUUUUUUUUUUUUUUUUUUUUACUACAUAUAUAAUGUUUUACUACAGUGCCUUAUAACAAGUUUGUGCACAUGUAUGUUUUUGACUUCAUGAAUUCUAUAGUCUCCCAUCCCAGCUGAAGGAUGUGUGUCAAUAGCUCAUCUGUCAGCAGUUCUGUAUGUUUUUAUGUUUAUUAUUGUUCUGUAAAUGAAUGUGAAGCUACUCUGCAGUACCACUUACGAAACAACAAAGACAUACAUAUGAUAGAUCUUCAGCAUAGUGCCUUAUGCCAAUGUCUGUAAGGAGCUGUGUGCCUGUUCCCAAGUAGCCUGGAUUGAGGAUAUACCCAGUACAUUUAUUUUGUCUUGUUAAGUGCCAAUAUGAUUCUGUUUGAAUGACAGAGUCGUUGUAUUAUUGACUCUAAAGGAUGUACUGUACUGUGUGCUGUCUUCUGUACUAAGGAAUGCCAGUUUGCUGAGCGUUCAAAUGCCCUUCUGAUGCCUGCAUUUAUUUACCAUGCCAUUCCUCUCUCUAAUAUUUACCCCCUCCAUGUUGUGUAUCAUCUCAUUUACAGUAUAGCCCUUUCUGUUUCUUUUAGAAUAAAGUAAACAGAGACAUAAAAAUGGA